GGUGGGGCGGCGGCGGCCAGCUAAGCUGAGCUGGCGCCUGCGCGGAGUGAGUCGGCUGGUUGGCGCUUGCGCGGAGUUGUGGAAAGUACCAGAAAGAGGGCGAGAAAAACAACAACAACGGCGUCGGCUUCUUCGCAGCAGCAGCAGCGAACUCGACGCGCAGAGCGAGCGGCCGGUUUAUUAUUAUUUUCUUUUCACUCGGGCCUGUGAUUGUUUGAGUUUAAUCCCCUCCCUCUUGUGAGGCCGCUGGUUUGUUUUAAUUUUUGCCGGUUUUAUUCCUUCGACGUUAGGCCUCAGGCCUUCGCCCUGCCCGGGGCCCGGUGUCAGAGGGAGCUCGAUGGCGGCGGUGAAGCGAGCUCGCUGGGACGAGGAGGAGGUGCUGGCCUAUUACCGCAUGCUGUCCCUGCACCAGAUGUUCGAGCUGGUCGGCUCCCAGCUCAGCCAGGCCGACGUCGAGGCCCUGGCCUUCCUGUUGGACGAGGCCUACCCGCUGGAGCGGGCGCUGCGGGCGGCCCAGGCCGGGGAGGGGGAGGGGGAGGAGGAGGAGGGAGAGGGGAUGGAGGAGGAGGAGGGGGGGGAGGCGGAGGUCCCGGGCCCAGCCUCACCCCGCCACCAGCCCCCGGCCCGGGGGCCCCGGCCUCACCCCCUCCCUGCCGCCUCCUUCUCCCUCCACCGGCCCAAGAGCGGCGUCAGGCUCCUGUUCGAGCUGGAGCGGAGGGGCCUGUGCGACGAGACCAACUUCAGGGAGUUGCUGCAGCUCCUCCGGGUCAUCAGCCGCCACGAUCUGCUGCCCUAUGUGGGCCAGAAGCGGGGCCGAGCAGUGUCUCCUGAGAGGUGCAAUUCCGGAGGUCCCAUGUCAGGAGUUGGAGAGCAGGUGGAACGCUGUUUGAAUUCUGAGCGUGCUGACUCAACGCAGAGCGAAUGGGAAUCUGGUGCGUCCCUUAGCAAGCGACAGGGUACAAACCGCAGGAGAGGUCGAGGCUCUGGUAAGCGGAGGAGGCGUAAGGGACAUGUGCUCCGUAACCAUGAAGAAAGAGAGCAUCAGUCUCCCCAUCAACAGAGAGCAACCUGUGGUUGGCUCUCUUGUACAACAACUUCCUUCAUGAUGUGGCAACAGAAGUUUCUGGUGUACCAUUCAAAGGUUGGUGAUAAGAGAGUUUGUGUCUCUGACAAAGAUUCAACUUUAACGAAAUGUUCUGACACGAGAAUAGAAAAAGACAUAAGGCUACGCGUGCGAGCUGUAUAUUCUGAUCAGAAUACCGUGCUCCGAGGGAACGUAGUCUCUGUGAAACAGGACCCACUGGAUCGAUGUUUUGACCUCUUUGGGCAGGCAAACACCAUCCUGAAAAGCCGGGACUUGGGAUCCAUCAUCUGUGACAUUAAAUUCUCCGAGCUCUCCUACCUGGAUGCUUUCUGGAAUGACUACAUCAAUGGUUCACUGCUGGAGGCGCUAAAAGGUGUAUUUAUAACAGACUCUCUGAAGCAAGCUGUGGGGCAAGAGGCAAUACAACUGCUUGUCAAUGUAGACGAGGAUGAUUAUGAAAAGGGUCGAAGGGUCCUGCUUCAGAAUAUUUCUCCAUGAAAGAUUUAGCUGGAACUGAGAUAAUUGACUAUAUUAACUGUUAAGCUAAUUAACUUCUUUAUAUGAAGUAAAAUAAAGAGAAGUAAUUAGCCCGUUAUUACAACCUCUCUUUUAUUCAGUUCCCUCCCUGUAGUUCUGGAUCAGGAGCUUGUGACGUGUGCCGAUCUUGGUGCUCCUGCAUCAGUGCAAAUACCAACAUUCAAUCAGCAUUGGCAGUUCUUUGUAAAGGUGACUUCUGCAUGGUUUAUUGCAACAAUAUUUUGUGCAAAUGAGGUAGCAAGUGUAGAGUUUGACCUAGGACUGGCUUUUCUGAUUAAACUCCGUACAAUUCUUUCUUUACACUCCUGCUUGAUUGAGUACACAGGGCUGCACCUCUGGUGGGUUAAGAUCUAUGAGAAAAGUGGCUCUCUGGUUUUAAUUGCAGAUGCCAAGAGCAUGAAGCCAGCUUACCUGCUGCAAGAGCAUCUCAACGUAAUUCCCGAUCACAUGGUCAGCAAUUCCUGUUCUUUUAAAAUGGAUCUAACACCAUAUGAGGUAAAUUGAAAGCUGCAGAUAUUGGCUUGGGGCUGGCAGCUUCCGUGUAUUUCAGAAUUCUUAAUUUCUAGUCCUCCAGCUCUCAUGCCAGUCAACGUUUGUUUCCAUUUCUGAUGAGUGAAAAGUCAUUAUUGUGUCCAUUUAUUUUUUUCAGUCCUUCCCACUCUUCUCCCUGCCUUCAGCAGAAAUCAUUUGGAUAAAGCUGGUAAAUAGAAACUUGUGCAACCUGAACUGCUGAAUUGGCUAAGUUAGUUGAUUUAGCGUAGAUCAAAACCCUAAGACGUUGUGACCUGUGUGGUUCAGCGCCUUUUAAUCAUCAGACCACAGAGCUGGAAUAGGGAUUCUAAACAGGGGUUUUGUGCCAUAUUAAACCAGCUUUCAAUCCUCUGCAUAAAAAAACUCAAUUUGGAUUGAUGGUGCAUCCAGGCUCCAAGCAUGAGGGGUAGUUGUAGGAGAUGAAAAUUUUAAUUCUAAUGCACUGCUAUUAUAUGGCCCAUUGCUGGGGCCAUAUAGGAAGUGCUGAGCUGUAUCCAAUCUUGUGUGCAGUGCUUUUGAGGGGUGAAGAGAAGAGAAAUUACCUCUUGUUCAAAGUGCAGUGCUGUAUUGAAUCAAGUGCCCAAAAUUUUGAGCACUAGAUAGUCAGUCUGAAAGCAAGAGCUUAUGACCCCUUCCCAGACAGUCUUUGAUUAAUACAAACAAUUUCAGUUCAUUGGGAUUAAAUAUAUUUUAAAAAUUGGGGUGGUGGGCAGGGAAGAGAGACAGGUGCAAUGUGUAGACCUGUAUAUUUGUCCUGGUUUUGGAACUUGAAAAGCAUUGGUAGUUGUGCUUAAUGUUGGAAGUGGUGCUGCAGUUAUUGGGUUUAAGGGGGUUGGGAGUGCAACGAUCCUAUAUUUGCACCGGCACCUCUGUCCUCUAAGUCUCUUGUGUUCAUUCGUCUCUCCCCCAUGCAGUUCCUAUCCUGCCUCUUUACUCUCUUGUGCUGUAUGUGUCCUCCCAGUGCACUCUUUCUGGGCCUGUAGAUGUCAACUUGUCAGAUGGUCAAUGGCGAUGAUGCUUUUUGCAGGCAAUUAAAUAUUUUUAAAACUUGAGUCCAGUUGAGUGUGAUUGUGUCAUCAGCUGAAUGUGAGAAAAUGCAUACUGCUGUUGGAGAGAAAUUCUUCCAUCCCAGAAGGACAGGAAGAUUGGACUUCUGCAAAAACCCCACCAAACUGAACUCUUAUUCAAGGAUUGUGGGGAAGCUACUAGGGUGACUUGUUAGGAUCUUGACGUCCUAUAGACUUGGCCGAAGAACAUGACCAACAUGUACCACUGGACAUCCUCUCAACAGAGGCAGAGACUUCAUAAAGAAAAGAUGGAGGGACCUGACCAGAAUGAUCCUGCCACUGGAAUAUGGGCUAUGACAUUUAAAUAUCUAACUGCUGGCUUCAGGUACAGUGAUAUCCAAUUUUUACCCAGGUAAAUGAGUUGCCCCAGCUUGAUAAUUGGACAAGAAAACUAGCUGAAUUGGAACACCCCGAUUUGUUAAUGAAGAGUUUGAGACGUGUGCCUCUUCCUCUACCUGCUCACAAAAUGGAAGAGACAUUCUCCAUUCCACCUUGCAGCUGAAGAAUUAGUUACACAAAGGAAAAAAAAAGUUUAAUGAAAUUAGAAUAUUGGUGUUGUAAAUAAACUGCUAACCUUUUUAGGAGGUUUAGAAAAGGGGUUAAGGGUGUAAUGUUGGUUUCUGAAAGUUAAUGACUUCUGCUUCGAAUCUUUUUGGGGGCAGUGUAAGGGCUGAGAAGAAAGUCAACAAACAAUGUGCAAAAGCGACCUUGGGUGCUUGCUGUGAAUAAACAGACAUUUGAGACAGCAAUUCAGGUGCCACGCCGCAGAGAAUCAUGGAGUGAUGUAAACUCUCAACAGUUAAGAGAAACUGAAUAAGAGGCCCAAAGAUUCUCUGUUGAGCUGGCUGAGACCCUGCUGUCACCAUUUGUACGUGCAGGUUAGAUGCAUGUGGGACUUGUACAUGGCUGAUAGUGAUGUGUCUCAUUAUUGCACACUACUCUGGCCAUGUGACCCUUUAGCACCAGGUAUCUACCUAGGUCCCUAGGAAACUGCCUUCAGCCAACUUGGAAAUGACCAUAUACUUUGAGGGGUUCACCCCACUCCCCCACUUUUUGGCCGGUGAUUUAAGGUGAAUCUUAAUUUUCUUGUAAACCUCUGUGUAUAGCUAACACUUCUGUAUAUCUGUUGGAAGAUGGUGUAGCUUGAACAUACAUGUAAAAUGUUUUUUUGGUGAUUUGGGUAUCAUCUCUAGAUUGGAAGAUUUUCAGUGAGGGCUGUACCCUCAUCAGACGUUUUGAGGCACAUUUUUGUAAAGCAUGUGUUCAAUAAAGAUUUUCACAAAAU